AAUGAAUACAAAUGGAAACACAUUAUCUUAGAAAAUUCAAUCCGAGUAAUGUGAAGAUUAUUUUCGGUCGCAACAUCAAUAAGGAUGCCUUUCACACAAGAGAUCCCAUUUUAAGAUAGAAUAUAACUGAAAAACAUUCAACCAGGUAGACCGGUGAAAGCGAAGAACAAACUUUCAUGCAAUAACUCGCGAAUAAAUAAUCAUUGGAAUAUAAAUAUGUUAAAACAUUCCAGAGAAAAAUGGAUAGUUGUUACGGAAGCGGAUUAGCAAGGAAGUGGAGUCAUUUGGUUCUUCUUUUGCAUUACGAGAUUUUGAGUGACCUGGAAUUACUUAAGUGCAGAUUUAGGUAUUGUAUGUACUUUCAUAGUAAAAGAACUACAUCACUGUGAAACACAAAGCUCACUUAUUUUCCAAACUAAAGAAAAGCACAAUUGUAGUAAAAUAUAUAGUUUUGCGAAAACGUGAUUAUAUUUGAUUUUGUUACAUGCAAUUCUAAGUUAUAUUGCAUUUAAGAAUAGAUGUUGCAAAAUGUUCAGAUAUUUCGUUGUUAAAGAUUUCAAAAAGAAAAUACAAUCAAAUGCGCAAUGGACUGAAUGGGUUUAUUUGACGAAAAUCGAUACAUGGUUAAUGAAAUAUGGCAUAUGGUUUUGUAGUUAAUAGUAUGAGAAUAUACGGAGUGUUGUGGUUGUUGCUGAUGUAAAAGAUGCGAUCUAUGCUUUAACAAUGAUAGAUUUUGUGCAAAUACUCUAAGUGUAAUGUCUGUAUAUAUUUUCGCUCUGAAUAACUCUGAUUUACUAGAUAGUAUCUGUUCUGAGUAUAAUUGAUAAUCAGAGUAUUUGUGUGCACAGGGGGAACAUAAUUACACGUUUAUAACGGAUCAACAGUGCGAGACAUGGAUGUCUUGGAAAUGUUUAGUGUUGUUGGGAAUGUGAUUUAUGAAUAUGUAUGGGAAAUGAGUACAUACGAAAUAUAUUAUCAAACGAUCGAAAACUAGUGUCUAGAAUGCAUUGUUUACCUUGUGGUAAUUACUGGUCUGCACUUUCCAGCCAAAAUGGGAACUUUGUUACGGAAUUAGAGGGGAGUAAAAGUGUUUUGUAAGACAUAGUCACGUGAAUGACUUGUGAAUUAUUAUUUUUUCAAAAUACCAGAAGGAAUUGCUAUAAUAAUAAGGAGCUGAAUUCAUGAUCGAGAGUAGAAAUUUAAUAAGACGAGCACAAUCAGACGCCUUCGUGAUUUGUUAAAACAAGUUACAUUCCAAACCCUUCAAUAAGUACAAAUACCUCUCUGCCAAGUUAGGAGAGCAACACAGACGGUCAAGAUGAUGUUCGGACAGGAAAUGAACACCUUUAACAGUAUCUACAACACACGUCAAAUGGAUCAUCACGUUAACUACGGCAACAAAAAGUCGUCAGGAACGCUAGAACUUCCCCCCAUCGUUCACAAAUUGGGAAAAGUAAAGGUAGAGAUCGUUGUCCAGUUCUUCAAAGUGGGUGAGAUCGACACGCUCAAGGAACAAUUCAACGCUGACGUCAUCGUCAAGGCGAAAUGGCGGGAACCCACGCUGGAUGGACAACAAUCGUCUGUGAAAGAGGAGGUGGACUUCUCUCGGAUCUGGAGUCCAAAACUGUACAUAGAGAACUCGCUAGGGGACCCCAAAGAGCAGAUUCGACACAGGAUUGUCUAUAACGAAAAGGGAGAGGCGUAUAUAUACGAAAAACGGGUAGCGAAGGGAACAUUCAUGGAAAACCUGGAGCUGGAUGACUUUCCAUUUGAUGUUCAGGAUUUGACCAUUACAGUAGCAUCCGAACUUCCAAUAAGUGAAUGUGAGCUUGUGGAGGACAGGGAGGAGCACCAUGUUGUAAACAGACAGUCAUUUGUGGACGAACAAGAGUGGCACCUUUAUGUGCACACUGAGUGUAAUAAGAAAGAACUUGUGAUAGAUCAAGUAGACAAUUCUGUAAAGCGCUCGGCUCUUUCCGUCAAAUGUCGGGCUGCCAGGCGACCAGGAUACUUUGUAUGGAAUAUAUUUAUGAUUACGUUCCUUAUCUGCAGCCUCGCCUUUGCCACAUUCUCUGUAGAGAAGGAUAAACCGCAAAACCGCCUCCAGUUGUCAUUCACCUUGGUUCUAACUGCAGUGGCCUUCAAGUCUGUAGUCAACUCUAGUCUUCCACGAAUAUCAUACCUUACGUAUAUGGACAAAUAUUUAUUAGUUUCCAUGGUGAUGUUAUCUGCGGUGUGCACGUGGCACGCCCUGGUUACACGCCUGCUAUCUGAUCGUGCAUAUGCGGACCGGAUAGAAAACAUCGUCCUCACUAUACUCAGUGUUCUUUAUAUCCUAUACAACAUUGGAUUCGUCGUCAUAAUUUAUUUAUUUCCAUGUAAAAAACGUCGGACAAUGGCACAAAAAGACAAGGAAUAUAAGGACACAUUGACCAGAACCCAGGUUGCCAAAUACAAGAAAAAACCUAGACGACUAGCUAUCGAACAGCAGCGUGGAUCGAACAAAAGAACUGAGAACGGGCACUCGGAAGAAAAUUCCAUCAGCAAAAAAUCUUUAAGGUCGGCAGUAAAAGAUAGGAAGGAUCGGGAAGGAAUAAACGUUAAAUCCAAAUACUAGAUGCGACGCCAGGACUGACUUAAAGUAAACUGAAAGAGUGGCGGUGGAAGUCGGGAUACACCUUAAGUGAAGGCUGAUCCAACCAAGAUCCUGGAGUCAUUCAAGAGUACUACACGCUUAUUACGACUAAACACGUUGGGUCAACGAACCUGUUUCAAAAAACCAAACAUAUACUCCAAGAACGAGUAUAACGAACCGCCACCAAAGGGAAAAAAACAACUUCAGUCAUAGUUUAAAACUAAAAGUAGCAUAUGUUAGAUCAGCAGCUACUGUAAAAAAGUGAAUUUCAAUUUAAACGAAUUGAUAUCAUGUUGUAACUUAGUAACCUGAAUUGCUCAACUGGGAGACAUGAAUUUCAGCACUGAUCAUAAAGACAAACGGGAACGUCUAAAUGAUAAGGUCAUGUAACAAUUGUUGUGAUUAUUUUCAUAAUAUCAUGUUCAUCUCCUCUGGUAAAACACACAACUUGCAUUGUGUUGAACAUUGUGGUCAUUGAUGUAGACACAUAAUACCAAUUGUAUCGUUUAUUCAUCAUUGAUAUUGAAAUCUUAUAUGACAAUUGUUAAUCAUUGUAACUUUUGAAUACUUGUUACAAUUCUUCUCUUUGAUGUACACCUGAUUAAUUGCGUUCCUAAUUUUCAUAAUAAAUAAUAACGAAAUCUU